AUGCUCUUCUCUCGCAAUAUCCCUGUCUGGGUACUCGGCAUUUCCUCCAUAUUCAACGUUGUAUUAGCAGCAGAACAAAGAGGAACGAUUGUUUACCCAGACACACUCUCUACCCAAUCUUCCAAUGACAAAGGCUCGAAAUCAUGCUUCACCUUGUCCGAGUCUAACCCUACAGUGACCCUAGAUUAUGGCACUGAAGUAGGCGGCUUCCCACAAUUCCAAGCAAAGUCCAUAUCAGCCCCAGUGCAGAUAGAAGCCAAAUACACCGAAGCCAAAAAUGGCCUGGAAAAUGCAUCUGGUGACGGACCCUGGACAUUUAGCAAUGGCCUCGCCAACACAUUCCGGGUAGAGACAUUCAAUGUCACUGAGCCUGGACAUAUUGAAUCCUACUUUAUCCAGGGAGGUCUACGCUGGCAGAAAUUACGCCUGCUCAAUGCAAAAGGCAGUGUCCGCAUCUGCGGUGCAGGUGUUCGCUCUUUGAAUGAUCGGACUUCGGUGGAUACCUUACCUGGCUAUUUUAAAAGUUCUAACUCCUCGUAUAACGAGAUCUGGGCGCUUGGUCCGCGAACUGUGCAGCAGGCUUGUAUUGAGAAGGGUGCUGCGCCGUCAACAUGGGAGAUCACCCGUGACGGGGUUCUCUUGCGUGGACAGCAGUCGGCGCAGUCUGUUCUUGGAACCACCUUUACGAACUACACGAUGUCUUUCAUGACGAAGAUUAUCCGUGGUGGUACGGGUUGGAGAAUCGCCAAUGGACUUCUCGGUUUCGGUCCUUCAUUCGUUCUCACGAGUGAUUAUUCUUCUGAGUCGGCGUUCAUCAAUACCAACAAGACCCUUUUGCCGGCAAAUAAACUUGCAGCGGCCUAUGGAUGGAACCUGGUGAACCAGACGAGUUUGGAGGGCGGGCCCGUAUCAUAUUAUUCACUGCCUUUCAAUGUCAAAGAAGGACAAUGGAUCCAGAUCUCAACUACUAUCAAGUCGACUGGCUAUGACGUGUCGAUCAACAACACUUUGGCGAUCCAUGUUCCCCUAUCAGCUCUUCAGCCGACAUACAACUAUAUUGGAUCAGCGGCUGAUGAAUUCAGUGGUACAUGGGGAUUUGGACCCUACCAAGACCAGGUGGCACUUGUGAAGGAUGUUGAAGUGCAUGCAAAGAAUGGUUCUCUUCUUUACCACAACCCCAUGACCGGCACAUCUGUUCUCGAGGAAUACGGCGUCAUGCCAAACAAGCAUUCAGUGUGUCUGGAUGGUGCCAAGCGUGACCGACUAGUCUGGUCUGGAGACUUCGGCCAUACUUCCCGUAUCAUCGCUGCAAGCACAUACCGAGAGGAUUUCAACAACGGCACGCUUGCCUACCUACUCGAUAGACAGAUGACUUCCGGCGAGUUUGCCGGAUAUUUCUCCAUGUCCCCUUCGAUGGGACAGUCGUCCAAAUACACCUCAACCUACAACUCUGUCGGUUUGGAAGACUACCAAAUGCUCUUCCUAAACGCAUUUGCCAGAUACUAUCUCGACUUUGCAGACAAAGAUUUCCUCGAGAAAUAUUGGUCUCAAGUGAAGACAGGAGUCAAGGCUAUUCUUUCACUCGUUGACAGCUCCUCUGGCCUUGCAUCAGGGUACUUCUUCCUCGGUGCUGCAAAUGGCACUGCUGCAUCUUCCCUCCUGGUCUAUACCCUCAAUCACAUGGCAAUAAUAGCAGACAACGUUGGAGAAGUCGAUACAUCUGCACACUGGAAAUCCGUUGCUGCAAGCGUCAGCAAAGCCAUCAACAAGAAGCUCUGGAGUAGCAAACUCGGAACAUAUGGUAUCAGCACAGCAUCUCUCAACGAGACAUCCAUCGCCGGCACAGCAUGGGCAAUCCUCGCUGAUGUCGGCAACUCAACCCAAGCCGAAUCCGCCAUCGCAGCCUUGUCUACCCUCCGAAAUGGAAUCGGCUACAAGACACUUUCAACUUCUGAGGCUAGCGCAGAGCUUUCACCAUUUAUUUCUGGGUUCUUGCUAGAGGCUCUUUUGAAACAUUCGCGGAAUAGCACCGAGUCCUCGCCUGCCACUACUGCUGCAAUCUCUACUCUCCUUUCACGGUUCUGGCCUGCAAUGAUUACCAAUGACGAGUACUACACCGGUACAAGCUGGGAGUAUAUAUUCCCCGAUGGUCGUCCAGGACUGGAUUUGUACACCUCGCAUGCACACCCCUGGGGCGCGGCUCCUACAUAUGUCUUGACUGAGUAUGUUCUGGGCAUUCAAUCCACGGCCCCUGGUUUCUCUGAAUGGGUGUUCCAGCCUGCGGUGCUUACGCCUGGCGUUUCUUGGACGAAUGGUAGAGUGCCUACUCCUCAUGGAUCAAUUGAGGCAAGUUGGAAGUUGAGUAAAGAUGCGAAAGAGAUAGAUUUGAACGUUUGCUCGCCGCGGGGGACUAAGGGCACCGUCAGGUUACCUUUUGCUGUAAAAUCAGCUAAGGUAAAUGGGGAGAAGAGUGUCACUUCGACCGGUGGCUUUAAGUUGGAUGUUAGUGCUGGAGAGUGCUGGGAAAUUGUGCUCACACUUGUCAAGGCUCUGUAA